UCAUGUUUUAUUUUGACUUUUGUAUUUUUAUCAAAUUAAUUGUAAUAUUAAAUUUUGUUAACAGCGAAAAUUCGUUAGCGCAAAUAAGUAAAUUGUCGGAGGAUGACGUGCAAAUUUGUGUUGACAGUUUUGCUGUACACGCGGAUAAAAUAAUACGGACUCAAGAUUCUUUAGCACUCGGUGCUAAAUAUAUUAUGGAAGCCGAAAUGGAUAAUCGACAAGAUUGUUUGAAACUUUGUUGUAAAACUAAUGAGUGCGAUGUUUUUGUCUUUGAAGAAAAGAAACAAGGAAGCUGUUAUUUAUUUCACUGCGGACCACCUCACGAUUUCAAAUGUAAAUUUACAAGCCACGUAAAUUACAGCAGCGCAGUAUUAACAAAUUUAAAUAUACGAUCACACACUCAUUCAGAAGACCAAAUGCGUCAUAGCCAACAAGAGCAUGAGUUAAAAUCCUUAAGAAAAAUGGUCGAGAGACCAUUAGAAUAUUUGUACACGCCGUCAUCGAAUGUCGUCGUACAAGCAGCUACAGAAAUUCCAAUGGUGAUAAAACCCAUCCCAACAACUUUGCCACCAAUUAAAAUAGGAUGUAGCCGAAACCAGUAUGAGUGCCGGAGUUCCCAUGAUUGUAUAGCGAUUUACAAUGUUUGUGACGGUAUCCCCCAGUGUUCGGACGCCUCUGACGAGGCCAGUGACCUGGGAUGUCCAACGGAAAAACCCACAUCACCACCGGUAGUUGCCGGACCGCCUAGACCACCUCCACCACCACCACCAGAGCCUCCUGGUCCAGCCCACGACCUUGCCAAGUAUCCCCUUCACCACAAAUACCCGCCGCUGUACGGCAAUCCAGAGCUAAGCAAAACCUGGCAUCAGAUGUACCCGCAACAAAGUAUCCAGUAUCCUGUACCUCAAGUUCCAAAUUAUGGACCAAGUUAUAUGAAUGCUUGGGACUAUCGGCAAAUGUACGACCAGCAAUUUAACAAAGAUGGCUUUCCUCUAAAUCCGAUAACUGGCAAUAAAGAUAACGCUUUAAUGCCUCACUAUCCUGAACGCCAGCAUAUUUUUAACCAUAAGAGACCGGGAAUGCCUGAUAAUCCUGAUGAAACUCCUUACCUUGAUCCGGAACGAUACGAUCCUUAUUAUCCACGACCAGUUCACGAAACUUGGCAGCAACCGGGUCCAGUUCCUGAUAUCCAUAAACUUCAGGUGACAAUCGCGCCAGCAGUACCAGCAGUUCCAGAAAAAGAAACUUUUGCUGGUGAAAAAAAUUCUGGACCGUCUAAAAAUGAUAAAGUUUUAGCUGAGGGCAUUUCGACCAAAGAAAGUAUGAGCAUUAAAAAAGAAUUGGAGACACAGAAAAAUGUUCAUAUUAAAGAAAUUAAAAAUACUGCUGAUAAAAAUGAUAAUAAUAUAGAUAUGAAUGUUAAAAAAAACAGUGAGGCGGAAAAUAGAAACGCGCAUUUAAAUAAAACAAAUCAGAAGCUGGAGAAACAUGAAGUGAGGGUUCAUCAUUACGCGGAACAUUUGCAGCAGAGCCAUAACAGGGAUGUUGGCAAUGAAAUUUUAAAACCGAGAGGUGCUGUGAUAUCUUUGGCUCUUGGGCUGACGGUAACUGCGGUACUGGUCGCUUUGUUAACAUGCAGGCUGAGAGUUUUGAGAAAACGGGGCAAACGCCAUGGACCUUUUGCUCAUGACGCUGAUUAUUUAGUUAAUGGAAUGUAUCUUUAAUAUACUCAUGUUAAUGUUAC